AUGGAUUGUUGUCUUCAUGUUAUUCUUCUAUUCUCCCUCUGUUUCAUUGCCGUUUUUCCUCACCUAUCUCAUUCUUCACGUCAAUCUUCCUUGUGGAAUGGCAAUAAAGAAAUAAAAACGUCGAUUUUGAAACUGACGACUAAUUCCUUGUCGACUCCAAUUGAUCCAACACGGGUUACACAAAUUUCAUGGCACCCCAGAGUUUUUAUAUAUAGGAAUUUUUUGACAAAUGAAGAGUGUGAUCAUUUCAUCUCACUGGCUAAAGAUAGUCUGGAGAAAUCCAUGGUAACUGACCUUGAAACAGGGGAGAGCAUAGAGAGUGAAUAUCGGACAAGUACUGGCGCAUUUCUCAACAAAGCUCAGGAUGAAGUUGUUGCUAAUGUGGAAGCAAGAAUAGCUGCCUGGACAUUUCUCCCUGAAGAUAAUGGAGAACCAAUGCUAUUGCAUUAUGAACAUGGGCAAAAAUACGAGCCACAUUUUGAUUAUUUUAUGGACAAAAUUAAUCAAGAGAUAGGCGGUCAUCGUGUAGCUACUGUCCUUAUGUAUUUAUCAGAUGUUGAUAAGGGUGGAGAAACAGUUUUUCCUAGAUCAGAGGUAAUUCCAAUUUUGUAUGACUUUCCUGUUUUUCGCGUCAACUACUUGAGACGAAAACUUUCCUUUCUUCUAAACCUACAGGCUGCAGAUUCUAAACCUAAAGCAUAGGGUGGGGUUAGUCGAUUUGCUCUUCCUAGAACAAUCAGUUGGUCCACUUCCUAAAGCAUAAACAAGCAAAAGCUUCAUUGUCUCAACAUGAAUCGCGCAA